GAGCGAAAGGCCAGCCUCGCCCCCAAACUGGAUGUUGAAAAAGAACGUCAUUUGCCUCAUACAUUUAGCUUUAGCAGAAAUUAGCUAGGCGUUCAAAACGAGCCUUUUUUGUUUCAGCCGGCAGCUUACGUGACGGUUACUCAUUUGGUGCUCCCCGGGUUUACAGUGCCAAACAUGUAUAUUAAAGCCUUAUUCCGAUGCAGAGACAUGCUGAAAGGAGAACUGAUCGUGUGAAAUGCUGGCUAGCUUAAUCACAGCUAGCUGACUGAGCAGGGGCCGAGAAACGAAAGUGGCUAACGUUAACGAGAGCUAAGCCUAUCACAACAAGCCUGGGCACUUUAACAUACCUGACCCUUAAGCCACGAGAAGAAGGACUGACAGAGGUACUUCCUAUCCUACAUAGUAGCAGUGGGUCUCUCAAGGACAGAGCCAUGGGUGCGUUCCUGGACAAACCCAAGACAGAGAAGCACAACUCCCAUGGUGAGGGCAAUGGCCUGCGCUAUGGGCUGAGCUCCAUGCAGGGCUGGCGGGUAGAGAUGGAGGAUGCUCAUACAGCUGUGUUGGGACUUCCUGCUCCUGGUAUGAGUGACUGGUCGUUUUUUGCUGUGUACGAUGGUCACGCUGGCUCAAGGGUUGCCAACUAUUGCUCUAAGCAUCUUCUGGAACACAUAAUCAGUGCUAGCUUAGGGACCAGGGGAACACAAGGCUCCCAGGCUGUUGAUAGUUCCACCAGUGAGCCUCCAGCACCAGUUCCUCCUACGGUGGAGGCCGUGAAAGCCGGGAUCCGGACAGGCUUCCUGAGGAUUGAUGAGCACAUGCGCAGCUUCUCUGACCUUCGAAAUGGCAUGGACCGUAGUGGCUCCACAGCUGUGGGAAUCCUCCUGUCACCUGAUCAUUUCUUCUUCAUUAACUGUGGCGACUCUCGAGCCGUUCUGUACCGCAACUCGCACGUGUGCUUCUCCACACUCGAUCACAAGCCUUGCAACCCACGUGAGAGAGAGCGCAUCCAGAACGCUGGCGGCUCAGUGAUGAUUCAGAGGGUUAAUGGGUCACUGGCUGUUUCGAGAGCCUUGGGGGACUACGAUUACAAGUGUGUGGAUGGGAAGGGCCCCACAGAGCAGCUGGUCAGCCCUGAACCAGAGGUGUUUGAAAUGGUUCGGGCCCCGGAACAGGAUCAGUUCGUGAUCCUGGCAUGUGAUGGCAUUUGGGAUGUCAUGUCCAAUGAGGAGCUGUGCGACUUUGUGAAAUCAAGGCUUGAGGUGUCUGAUGACCUGGAAAGAGUCUGCAAUGAAGUGGUGGAUACCUGCCUGCACAAGGGGAGUCGGGAUAACAUGAGUGUUGUGUUAGUGUGUUUGCCCAGCGCUCCCAAAGUGUCAGAGGAAGCUGUGAGGAAAGACGCUGAGCUCAACAAAUAUCUGGAGUCUCGAGUGGAAGAGAUGCUGUCUCGGCCGGGGGAGGAAGGGUUUCCAGACCUGGUAACGGUGAUGAGGAACCUGUCCACUGACAGCGGCAUGCCCCCUCUGCCACCAGGGGGAGGACUUGCUAGCAAACGCAGUGUUAUUGAAGCAGUAUACAACCGUUUGAACCCAUACAGGGAGGAAGAUGGGAGCGGAGCUGAGUUGGAGUACCACUGGUAGCUGUCCAGCACAACUGCCUGAUCCAAAAAGGAAAAAAAAACAAAAACAACAACAACAACAAAAAAAAAACACAGGACCACUUUUCCACACAAGAUCACAUCCGUAGUCACCUUUUAAUUUCCUCUGGGAUUUUCUUUUUUCGUUAUUUUAAUUUUUUCCCCACACUUGAGAGAUCAAUCGAAGCAGAUAUCCUUUUUUUAAAAACACACAACACACAACACACCUAACAUGGAGGACUGUAAAAGCAGUUGGUUGGUUCUUUUUAUAGAACAAAAUGGGGAGAAAAAGAAGAACAACGGCAUUGAUGGUCUGAAAUGAGAACUGCAUAUGCUAUAUAUACGUCACAGGAGAGGCAAACAAGCACAGUUUCUCUUGCCCCUCAUUUUUCUUGCUUUCUUUGUAGUGGUUGUUUUUGUUGUGGAUUGACGGAAACACAGGAGCAGCCCUGCUCUGAAGGCUUUGGGGCUCUAUGGUGCCUUGCUCAGAACUGAGAGAGAAGGGAGGACCUCACAACAGCCAGCCAUGACCAAACCAGCCACUCAUGGAUAUUUGUAAGACACUGGUUAGACUUUAGUGGUUUGUCGGCUGCAUUUUUUUUGGCAUUAUUUGUUUGAAGUGUUUAACUUUACUUGCACCUGACUGGUAGCCAGUUGACCACACAAGCCUGUGAUUCCCAAACACCUUAAGCUACACUGUCCAGUUCAGGCAAGCUUUGGUCUGCAUUACUAGCACCCAGAGGGGCCCCAACGCUUCACCAGCCCCGUGCAUCUGGCUGCUGGAGAAAGCCUCAUAGAACUCCUGGGUUUUAAAACUCCCAACGUCCUCACUAUCCCAACGACCUCUGGGUUAAAGCCGCUAACUUCAGCGCCAAGAGAACUCCGUUGCCUGAGGCUGCAUGAGGAGAUCGAGAAGCCGAGUCUGUCUGGCAACAAAUUUCAGUUUGGCCUCCUCCUCCGUGCCGUGUCCAAAACUAAAGCAGGACGUGGGCUGGUGCGCCUGGCUGCAGAUUUGGAAUUACAUGGCAACAGUUUAAACUCAAGCGUGAUGACUCUUCUUGCACGUCCUCGCUCACUUUCUCUCCUCUUGUCUCUUUAAAAGGAUGCUAUCAAACAGUUGAUUCCUCACCCCCACCCCUCUCUUACGCUUUAUCUGUCUCUUCAUAUGACAGAAGAGACUUGGCCGUCAUUUGCAUUGGCAGAAAUGGCCAGAAUCGUAAGCUUUUGAGCCUGCUGUUGUUUAAGAUAGAAGAUAGAAAGAUAGAAAUUAUAUAUUAAAUUCAUAUAUAUAUAUAAAAAAUAUAUAUAGAUAUAUAUUUUGAUUUGUUUGUUUCAUCUUAAUUCCCAGCCAUGGUAUUCAUUGUGGCCUAAUAUGUGUGUGUGUGUGUGUGUGUGUGUGUGAGAGAGAGAGAGAGAGACCUAUGUGUGUGCCUACGUGCACGUGUGUACGUUUGUGUGUCUGUAGACAAGCUAAAGCAUUAAAAAAAAAAAAAAAAAAGUCCAAGUUGCACACAGUGUUCUCACAUAGCAGUGUUCCAAAGACAGGGUUUGGGGUAAAGGGAUUCCAGCCUCACCUUCUUCUUCCCCCCUCUUUCUCUCUCCUGCUUGUGCUACAACUUGCCUUUUCUAGCUCUCAAAUAUCCUGUGUUGAAAAAAAAACAAAAACAAAUAAUGCCUUUUUUGUUUUGAUUGGAAGAAAUUCCAUCAUUUAUCUUUUUUUAUUUAGUUUUCUUAAAAUGUUUUUUGAUAUGUAUGUGUGUGUAUACACACACACACACACACACACACACACACACAUAUACAUAUAUGACUUUUCAGAGUACUGUGGCUGUGGUCCUAUUACAGAUGGACGAAGAACGACAAGGGGAGCAUGAAAUCUGUCUUGUACGGCAGAAUGGGAGAGAGAGAAGUCGAAUUUUUUUUUUUUUGGUGUUUCACUGUAUGAAGUAAAGGAGGGAGACUGUAGGACAGAUGAGAAUAGGCCCUGCACCCAGAGCUGCAUUCACACUGACACUGAAAUUGCCCUCCUUAAAUUUUUUUUUUUUUUUUUUUUUCCCACCAUUACCUUCAGAGACUUUGCCUCAAAGGCACAGGGCAGUUGCUGGUAAAGCCCUGGUUUUGAUUCUCUGGAUUGACCAGGAGUCUCUUUCAUUUCUCUCAACCCAAGCACUAAAAAACAAUGUUUGAAACCUCAGAAGCAAAUAUUUGUCAGAGAAAAAAAAAACUUUUCAGUUUUUAUAUAUAUAUAUAUAUAUAUAUACACACACACACACACACACACACACACACACACACACUGUAAUAUACACUCUUUUUCAACCAUUCAAUGGCAAAUUCAUUAUGCUUUCUGAAGUGGCAGUAUUGAAAGACAAUAGGCCUAAAAAGAGUUUGCUGGCUGGUUAAUGUUCUUCUGGUACACUUGCUCUUGGUGCCAUAUGACAAAUAGGUACUUGAAUGUGUAGUUCUUUUUGCAGUUGAGUUGUUUUAAUGGGAUGAUUGAAUUUUUUUUUCUUUGUUUGUGGUGGAGGGAGGGGGAGGGGUGGGAUCUGUAUAGUUGUGCAUGUUUUUGUGAUUGAGGGAGGAGUGUAUUUUGUGUGUGAGUGGGAGAUGUAUUGGGCGGGUGGGGGAUAACAUGGGUGUGUUCAGUGUGGUGGAACACAAUGUUAGAGAAGAAAGGUGACGGUGAAAGUACAAACUAGAGAAAAGCGGAACAUAUAGCAGGAUAUUUUUUCUUUUAAUUGAACUGAAAUUCAGUUGGUCGAUCUCCAGAUUAAAUUAUUCCCAUCAUGGGCUCAUGUUUCCUGACUUUAACCUCGGUUUUACCACACUGAACACAACCCUCAGUUAAGUUUAUGUUUAAGCUAUAUAUCAGACACUGGGCUAGGAGAGGAAUUAAGGGAGGGAAGGAGGGAGAAACAUUUAUUUUUUCUGAAUGUAAUUCUUCAUUAUUCACACUGAUUCCACUGCAUGGACUGAAUACAAGCAGCACUGCAGCAUCACAUUCUCUCCUCAUCAGUCAUUUAAUGAUAGAACAAGCUCUCUUGGCUCCCUUCUUUUUUUUUUUUUUUGAAAAAAACAAAAACAAAAACAAAAACAAACAAACAAACUUGGUAUUAUAUUCCAGAGUAAUGAUCAAGACUCACAUGGGAGGACUUUCCCACUUUUUUUUCCCGAAGGAGACUUUUGCAGGUUUGGUGAUGCCGGAAUGGUUUGACCCCUGACUUGUUGCCAUUGAUUUCAGGAUAUGUUAAGUAAAGGGAGUUUUACAAAAGCAUAUUUUCUCCUGUACCUGUUAGUUAUUGCGGGCUGGCCAGGUCGAUGUGACCAAGAGAAUGCCAGAGGGGAGGCGAGAAUUUGGGAGUGGGCUACAAAAAAAUGGCAAAAUGGUCUAAGGCAGACAUGACAUUCCUCAUGUGAGCUGUUUAAGGUGGCGGUCAACCCUCGCACCCUCGUCUCUGGUCACUCUUUAUAUGCAUACUGUAGUGACAAGAUGUAUGAUGGCUAUGAUGAAUUCCAUACUUGUUUUUAUUUAUUCCAGUGCUUUUUUGCUCCCUAUAAACAUGCUGUAUUUUCUAGUCAGAAUGAGGUAACGAUAAGCUGGUGUGCGAUUGAGAGUGAUGUAUGUUACGCUCACCUUCACCUUUGACCUUUGAGAAGACUAAAAGAAGGUGAGGUUUAUGAGACACCCAGGGCAUUCACCAUCCUUUCUUCCUGUACUAAUUUCCCAGUAUGCUAUUGUGAUGUUACAGACCAUACAGUGAACAUAAACGUCAAUAAAAGAUGGAUUUAAGUUUAAA